UUCAUGAAAUUGCCGUCUAUUUCUAGUCACUUCUGUUCCACCUUACGAUCACCAUUUUUAUGCUUCUCUCAAUUCCCUCAAACACACACUCUUUCACCUCCAAAAACACGCACAUAACAGCUUCAUUUUAGAUUGCUUCUCCCUAUAUUUGGGGCUUCUCAACCGGGCCUUAUUUUUUUCUGCGCGGAAAGGAGGUUGGUUGAGGUUCCAAAUAUGCAUUGCUCAGUUUGAUUGAUCACUCUGGACUACCUUUCCUUUAUAUUUGAGCUGUCUUGGUUUUUCUGGAAGCAAGUAAAGCAGGUUGUGAGGCUGUGUUUCUUCGGUUUUCGGGCUAAUCCAAUGUGAAAUUCUUCGUGUUUUUGUUGCUGUUGUUGUUGGGCCGGGGGGGUUUGGUUUGAGUGUACAAUUGCAGCUUUGCCUGAAUACGAGGAGACGGAUCGCGGUAGUAGUAGGCCUUACCUGAAUCAGUUUGAGGUUUUUGAAGUGAGGUUUUGAUCUGAGGAAUGGCUUCUCUUAACUGCUUUUGCCCUUCUUGGAGGAAGAAGAAGAAUAAGGGAGGGAAAUUGCGGCGUGUUGAGCUAUCCAGUAAGGAGAAGAAUGGGAAUGCUUUGCACGUGAAGCUCGAACAUGUCCAGGCAUCUUCAGAAAAGAACGAGUUGAGGUCAACAUCUUUCAGAGUUCCGGUUCCUUUUCGUGUCCCAGGGAGUUCUAGAUGCAGUGUGAAGGUGAUGAAUCACGAGAGCCCCGUUGCAGCUGAUUCCCAUGAGGCGGACUAUGAAGGGGGAGACGAGCAUGAUGGGGCUUCCCAGUUGGGGAGGGAUUCUGAAUUCAAAUUCCAAGCAUGCUCUGGAAAUAUAAGCGAAGAAAAAGGAGGCGACUUUCAAGGUACCAAGAGCUCCGGCUCCUUGGAUAUAAACGAAGGAGAAUUCAACUUCCAAGCGUGUUUUGAACAUCCCAACGAAGAGAAAAGGCCAAUUCUACGAGAAGUGGAGUCCUCGUGCUCUUUGAACAUUGAUGACAACGCUGAACAUAGCAACACGGAAGCAAUGUUUGAGAUGGAUGCAAGUGGACACCUGAGUGAUCCGGGGACCGGGAAAGCUAGGUUUUGGGCUUCUCCUGAGCUCAAGCGCUCGUGCUCUAGUUUGGCAAUAAGAAGCGUCACUCUAGAGCUCGAGAAGUGCAAAUCUUACGAGGAUAUGCAGAUGUUGGCUGAAAUGCACGCGACGGGCAAUUUUGGAGGAGGAGGGGGAAGCCCUGCGUCUAUCAAGACGCGAUGCAGUGCUGAUAAGGUGAUGCUGAAGAAGCAUUCCUCGAGCCAGAUUCUUCCUUCCGGGAGCCGGAAACUGUGGUGGAAACUGUUCCUAUGGAGUCACAGAAACUUGCAUAUAACAGCUGAUACAACGAAACCGCUCCUAUCUGAACUCGAGGCUGCGCCUCUCAACCAGCGCGGUGGCUACUCAUCAGAUACAGUCGAGCCUAAGCACGCCACCGGCUCAAGAAACAUGAGAUCUCCGAGCACAUUGACAGAAGAGUCGACUGAGAAGGGCAAGUGCAGCACGGAUGACACGAAUUGGGACGGAUUGUACGGACACUCCAACAUGUGGCCUCAGAAUCAGUGGCUUGCCUUCCCUCCCGACUCGUCUCCUUUGUGGAGAGUGAACGAGUGGGUGAGAGAAGCUUCCUCGCAGCCUCCUUGCCUAGUGGACCGAGAUGAGCCUCAACACGAAGAUGAUAUUUACUUCCCGUCCUCUCCUGAGCACGAUGCAUCACAUCCACAAGGCUCGUCUCAUUUGUCUCGACCUCCGGCUGCAGGCACACACGAGGAAAUCUCACAUGCCAACACUGUUACCCAGUCCUUGACCACUAAUUCGAGCGUGGCUCAUAUCACAGGCCUCGGACUUGCAGUCAUUCCCUCGAUUUCGCAGUUUUCCAGCCUUCGAGCAGUCAACUUGUCUGGCAAUCUUAUUGUUCAUAUAACUCCGGGAUCUCUCCCAAAGGGUCUCCAUGUUCUUAAUCUAUCGAGGAACAAGAUAAGCACGAUCGAGGGUUUAAGGGACUUGACUCGUCUCCGUGUGCUCGACCUCAGCUACAACCGGAUCUCCAGAAUUGGUCAAGGGUUGUCGAACUGCACUCUUGUUAAAGAGCUCUAUCUAGCCGGGAACAAGAUAAGCACAGUGGAAGGUCUGCAUCGACUCUUGAAGCUGACCGUGCUCGAUUUGAGCUUCAACAAGAUCACCACAGCAAAGGCGCUAGGCCAGCUCGUAGCGAAUUACAGCUCCCUCAUCGCAGUCAAUCUACUCGGGAAUCCGAUCCAGAGCAACAUGAGCGAGGAUCUAUUGAGGAAGACCCUCUGCAGUCUGCUCCCAAAGCUUGCCCUGCUCAACAAGCAGCCGAUAAACCCACAGAAGGCUCGAGAGAUACGUGUGGACUCCAAUGCUAAAGCUGCGCUAGGGAGCAGUGGCUGGAGCAGUCGGAGGAAACCAGUGAGGAAGGGGGCAGCAACGGGGGCUUCGUCGUCGUCUCACAGUGUUCGGAGAAGCAGCCCCACCGUAAGCACCAACCGUAAUAGCAAACACAGGUCAAGAAGCACUUCUCGCCAUCAUUCAACUUUGAGGGAGAAGGCUUGAUUUUCUUUUUGAUUUUGCUUGGUUUUUUUAUUUCAAGCAUUUAAGAAUGAUUUUUGUGAUCUGUAAUUUGUGGCUGCUUGUGUAAAUUUUACCUUCACCUAUAUAUAGCUUUGGAUUUUGAA